UUGAUACUUCUUCAGUCUGCAACGCAUUGAGUGUGAAAAUGGCGUUAAGACCUUCUAGUGCUAUUGCUCUGUUGCUCCCUGUGCUGUUGUUACUAGCAUGCAGACUCAACUUGGCUUUGGCCGCCUCAGGAGGCGUGAUGGGAGGGGAUUUCUUUGAUUCUGGUUCUUCCUUUGAUUCUGGUUCUUCCUUUGAUUCUGGUUCUUCCUUCGAUUCAUCCAUUAGUGAUCCAGACCCUUUCAUGGUGUCGGGUCGGCCGUCGGGUAAAGAAGCCCUUUCUCCCAGUAGAGAAAGAGAACUCGAGUUUUUCAUUCUGAGUUGGAUAAUUUUGUUUGGUAUACUUUUCCUUGCAUAUUGGUUAUACAUCCAAGAGAAUACUAAUACUCUCUGCAAGCUUCAGGUUGCGGUGUUUGGUGGGAAUAAGGGAAGCUCAGUACAAAGCGAUCUAACUAGGAUUGCCAAAGCUGCAGACACUUCCUCUCGGGAAGGUGUGAGCCAUCUAUUGAUAGAGACAAUAGAGGCUUUGGAUAGGCAACCUAGUUCUCUUAUUGCAGGAUAUUCAUCUGUUGAUCUAAUGAAGGAUAGGGAGGGUGUGAAGAAAUACUUCAAUCAACUAUCAAAUGAAGAAAGGGGAAAAUUUGAUGAAGUGACAUUAGUAAAGAGAUCCAGUGUUAAUGUGUUUAGCAAUGAAGACACAUUGUGGAAUGCAAAGGAAAGUAUAAAUGUACCACAGAAACUUGAAGAGGAACUUCUGAAUGGGUCUGGCAACGAGUACAUAGCGUUGGAUAUAAAGGAAAGUGCAGAUGAAUCACAGAAAUUUGAAGAAGAGGAACUUCUCAAAGUGUUUGGUAACGAGUACAUAGUGGUAACAAUCUUGGUAGCUGCUAAAGGAACACAUAAGCUUCCUAACAACAAUGGAGCUGAAGAUUUGAAGAAAGCCUUACAAAAGCUUAGAUCCAUUCUCCUUCUCCCAAGCAAAUUAUUAGCUGGUGAGGUUUUAUGGACGCCACAAAAAGAGGAUGAAAGUCUUCCAGGACGGAAACUACUUAAAGACUACCCUCAUUUAGUAGAGUCUAUGAAAAGCUUUAGGGUUAAGAAAGAGGAAUAGAACAAGUGGGCAAUGCUUGAUUAUGAUUUGUGCUAAAUUGUUUGCCUAACAUUUUCCCUUGAGGUUUUAAAAUCCUACGAUGACUUCCACAUUUAUAAAUUUUAAUUUAUCAACGUUCUUCUCUUGA